AUGUCUACCUCUCUCGAUCAGCUCAAGGCCACCGGCACUACUGUUGUGUCCGACUCUGGUGACUUUGCCUCCAUUGGCAAGUACAAGCCUCAGGAUGCUACCACCAACCCCUCCCUCAUCCUCGCUGCCUCCAAGAAGGCCGAGUACGCCAAGCUGAUCGAUGUCGCCAUCGACUACGCUAAGCAGAAGGGUGGCUCUGUCGACCAGCAGGUUGACGAUGCCCUCGACCGCCUCCUCGUUGAGUUCGGCAAGGAGAUCCUCAAGAUCAUUCCCGGCAAGGUCUCCACUGAGGUUGAUGCCCGUUACUCUUUCGAUACCCAGGCCUCCGUCAACAAGGCCCUUCACCUUAUUGAGCUCUACGGUGAGCAGGGCAUCUCCAAGGACCGUGUCCUGAUCAAGAUUGCCGCUACCUGGGAGGGUAUCAAGGCCGCCGAGAUUCUUCAGCGCGACCACGGCAUCAACUGCAACCUUACCCUCAUGUUCUCGCUUGUCCAGGCCAUUGGCGCUGCCGAGGCCGGCGCCUACCUCAUCUCUCCCUUCGUCGGUCGCAUCCUUGACUGGUUCAAGGCUCACACCAAGAAGGAUUACGCCAAGGAGGAGGACCCCGGUGUCGCCUCUGUCAAGGCCAUCUUCAACUACUACAAGAAGUUCGGCUACAACACCAUUGUCAUGGGUGCCUCUUUCCGAAACACUGGCGAGAUCACCGAGCUUGCUGGCUGUGACUACCUGACCAUCUCCCCCAACCUGCUCGAGGAGCUCCUCAACUCCGAGGAGGCCGUCCCCAAGAAGCUCAACGCUGAGGAGGCCGCUGCUCUGGACCUCGAGAAGAAGACCUACAUCAACGAUGAGGCCCUCUUCCGCUUCGACUUCAACGAGGACCAGAUGGCCGUCGAGAAGCUCCGUGAGGGUAUCAGCAAGUUCGCUGCUGACGCCGUUACCCUCAAGGGUAUCCUCAAGGAGAAGCUCGCCUAA